CGCCGUCGGCCUUCGCCGUUCCUCGCGGCAGCCGCGCCUCGCGGUCGUCGGAGCUGGCGUCGGAGCCGGGGGCGUCUUGGCGCUCUUCGGAAUCUGGCGAAGCGGACCCAGGCGGCCACCGGAGGAACAUGGCGCCCUGGACCCUCUGGCGCUGCUGCCAGCGCGUGGUGGGCUGGGUUCCGGUGCUCUUCAUCACCUUUGUGGUCGUCUGGUCCUACUACGCGUACGUGGUGGAGCUGUGCGUGUUUACUAUUUUUCGAAAUGGAGAAAACGGAAAGAUGGUUAUUUACCUUGUGGCUUUUCAUCUGUUCUUUGUUAUGUUUGUAUGGUCCUAUUGGAUGACAAUAUUCACAUCUGCCGCUAGCCCCUCCAAAGAGUUCUACUUGUCAAACUCUGAAAAGGAACGUUAUGAGAAGGAGUUUAGCCAAGAAAGACAGCAAGACAUUUUGAGAAGAGCAGCAAGAGACUUGCCCAUCUACACCACAUCAGCUUCGAAAGCUAUCCGAUAUUGUGAAAAAUGUCAGUUGAUUAAACCUGAUCGGGCCCAUCACUGCUCAGCCUGUGACAGAUGUGUUCUUAAGAUGGAUCAUCACUGUCCAUGGGUGAAUAACUGUGUGGGAUUUACUAAUUACAAAUUCUUCAUGCUGUUUUUGUUGUAUUCUCUACUGUAUUGCCUUUUUGUGGCUACAACAGUUUUAGAGUAUUUUAUAAAAUUUUGGACGCUUUGCCGCAGGAAAUCUACAGAAAAUUGCCCAAAGAAUGAACUGAAAAAUUCGGGUGCAAAAUUCCACGUACUGUUCCUUUUCUUUGUGUCUGCAAUGUUCUUCGUCAGUGUGCUCUCGCUGUUUAGCUACCAUUGCUGGCUAGUUGGAAAAAACAGAACAACAAUAGAAUCAUUCCGUGCACCUAUGUUCUCUUAUGGAAUAGAUGGAAAUGGUUUCUCUCUUGGAUGCAGCAAAAAUUGGAGACAAGUCUUUGGUGAUGAAAAGAAAUACUGGCUAGUUCCAGUAUUUUCAAGCUUGGGUGAUGGUUGCAGUUUUCCAACUCGCCUUGUGGGGAUGGAUCCAGAACAAGCUUCUGUUGCCAACCAGAGUGAAUAUGUCAGAAGUAUUGGCUCAAAUCAACCUUUUCCUAUCAAACCACUUAGUGAAUCAAAAAACCGUUUGUUGGACACUGAAUCUCAGUGGCUAGAGAAUGGAGCUGAAGAAGGAGUCACCAGAUCAGGGACAAAUAACCAUGUUACAGUGGCAAUAGAAAAUUGAGUACUACUUGUUCAUAACUAACCAUUUGAUGAGUGCAAGGUAUAUAAAAACACAUUUUGGACUAUUUUCAGUUUUAUUUGCAAGAAAAUUACCAGAUGGAAUGAAAUAAUUGAAGUAUAACAGAAGAUAUAUUUUUUAAAAGGAAGUGUUUGUACAGUUUGAUGGAUCCACAGAAGCACUACAGAGCAGAAAGAUGCCUUAAUUUUUAGUGUCCAUUUGUGCAACAUUGCCUCACAGCUCAAAAGUGACUUAAUUUUCCUUUGGAAAUAACACCUGUUUUGAGAUGCUAUCAUCACAUGUUAACCUGCCGUAUGUAUUUUUAACAGCUGAGUUACAUUAGAGUUAUUUCUUAGUAUCCACAUAAAUUCCCACCCUAAAAACAUAAACUAAAAAGUUGUCUGUGGUGGAGUCAUCUAGGGAAAAUGGUGGCUAAAAAAUGAUAAUACAAAUCACUGAUUCUUAUGCUGUUGUAAGGGAAGGAAAAUACUGUUUUUUUAUUAGAUGUUUACUAAUUUAUAAUUACUGUUUUAUACUUGUAAACAUUUUAAUAAAGAUUUUUUUAUUAUUGGCUACAAAAUAACACUCAGAAGGAUUCAGAUACCUAAAUAUAAUCAUUUAGAACAUUGAAGAUAUUAAUAUAAUUCAAUGAAGAUUGUAGAUAGAAGCAUUGAUACUUCCAAUUAAUACUUCUAAAAGCCAAGUGGCAUACACCUGUAAUCCCAGCACUCAGGAGGCUGAAGCAAGAUUGCUGUGAGUUUGAAUCUAGUCUGGGUUACAAAGGGACAAAUGCAUACAUAGGUAUCCAAAAUGCAGAAUAAAAGAAGCAUUAAUGCAACCAUGUGUUGUAGUAUGUGCCCAAGGCUCAAAUGCAACAUGGUAGUAAAAGAAAUAUUUUGGUAUUCUCUGCUUUUUAAUUACUAAUUGUUGAAACUUCAGGGGAAUUUUAUAUGAGCAAGGAAGCCCAGAGGUUCACAUGCUGUACAAAGAUCAAGUACAACAUGAAUAGGUGGAAAUGGCUAAAGAAGAGAGAAUGAUAGAAGGCAUAUUACAAACAGUUAAACAGAUUUUCAUCCCCAAAGCAUACAGACUACAACAUACUAUUGAAUAGGCUUUCUAAAAAUUAAUAUGGUACUGUAUAGUAAUUCUGUACAGCAUAAACAGUGACUGAAAAUGCUGUUCCAGGUGAGGGUGAAGUAAAUAGAGCAAAAACAGAAAUUCCCAGUCUUGGGCUUGAAAAAUGUUCAGUAGAUAAAGGGACUGAGACUAGCCACAUGCUGGAAGGAGAAAACCAACUCCCACACAUCUUUUGACAGACAACCCUUUUAAAAGAUAGUAUGUCCUUUAGAAUCUAGUGACUUAAAUAGGAAUGGCUGUAUUUAGAUUAGUCCCGUGUCUGUAAAAAGACAAUGUGGGAAUGCUAUCUUGGUUUAUACUGUUUGUCAAAGAAAAACCCAAAAUGAUUGCUUUCAGCGGACCAGCAAAGAGAGGUCUCACUCGUGUGCUGGUUUCUGGGGUGGGACUGUAGAGUGCCACUGUCUGCACAAUGGGAUUGUGGAGGACAGGGCAUCCUGUAUGAGCUGGACUACAGGACUCCCAUCAUUCCCCAAUUUCAGGAGUUGAAGUGUGCAAAAUAACCUUGUUUUUCAUGUACCCACCAAGCAUCUCUAGAAUCCUGUGUAUAUCAGACAUUAUACUAAAGAUAAUAUUGUGAUUUCCUAAUCCUGCAUAAAUCAAGACAGCUGAUGUUCCAACUUUGCAAUUUGGGAAAUUUAUUGAAUUCCCAUUGACUUCACUAAUGCUGAAUCUUAAGUAACUUUUCCUUUGGACCAGAGGAGUUAGUUAGCAUUGGAACCAUGGUUUAAAAUUAUAUGUAGUUUGAAUUCCUCUUUGUUUCAACUCUUUAUUGUUAAAACUUUGAUUCUAACAGAAUGAAUUAAGAGAUACCAAUUACUGCUAGAUACGUGAUAAAGCUCGCAAUCUCAGCACUUGUAAGCCUGAGGCAAAAAGGUCAAGUUCAUUCUCAGCUUCAUAGUAAGUUCAAAAGGAGCCUGUGCCGCAUGAGACCCUGUGUCAAAAAACCAAGAGAGGUAAAAAAGGUCAAUUACCAACCAGAAAUACAACCUCAAUUUUGUAGUUUGCAUGCUACUUUCAGAAGCGUUCUCUUCUGGUCCUUCCAUGUUUCUAUAUUUAGUUCAAGAGAUUCUGAUGCACCUGGCAUAAUAUGCCCUUUUAACAUAUCCUUAUGUAGAAGUACUAUCUUUCUGAGUUUUCAUCAUUUUUGUUUAUUAACAUUAGUAAACUAUUUUUAGUUUUUUGCUUUGGUAGCCUUUAUGCCCAACAUUUUGCCACAUUCUAAAAUAUUUAGCAGGCUUUUGUUGUUCUGUUUUUGUUUUAUUUAGUGCUGGGGAAUCAAUCCCAGAGGUUCAUACUAUCUAUCAGUGACCAUUUGUGAGGGGCCAGGAAGUGAGAUGGGAAUCAGGGCAAGGCUCCUCUUUAGUAUUUCAACUAGUAUUGAGUCUGCUGUCAGCUGGGGACCAGGUCAAAACAAAGCUUUGCCAAAAUUUCAAACACUUGAACAUUUGUGAAGAAAAUGGAGUUGAAUUUCAGGUCUUGCCCUUGCCAUUAAAAAACAUUAGACAGAAGACUUGGUUUAUCCGGGUACAGAGGUACUUGACUGUUGAGUACCUGCGGCACCUGACCACCGUCACUGUGCCAACCAAAGCAGCUGCAGUGUACCAGCUAAUGAACUGAACAUGUUUACAAAGUUGAGUUUUGUCUUCAUAAGAAUGAUUUUUUUAAAACUUUUUACAUAGUGCUUAUGAUUCAGUGUGUUAUAACAGGUUAGCUUAAAUAUAUGGUGUUUACUUGAAUUUUAAUUCUUACAGAAAGCAAAUUUUGACUGUUUACAGGAGUGCUUAAGAUGAGUCAUGAGAUCUCCAAUUACCGCUAAAGCAAAUCUGUGUUAAGGGCAGAUUUAGUGUUAGUGUUAGAGCCUGUGCAUUUGGGGCAUUGAAUAGGAAGUAACUCAAAAAUAUGCGUAGCUUACAUCUUGAUCUACAAACUAGUACUUCUAGCUGUGGAUAAGUAUUUUUAACUAAUCUGAUAUUAAGAAAUCAUAUUUUUGCAUUUCAGUCAAACUAAUAACAUGUAAAAGUACAGAUAAGAUGUAAAUCUGAAUUCAUGUUUCAUAUGAUCUAAGCUGUAUUUUUAAAUUUAAAAUACAAUAGAGAUUUAGAAAGGUCCAUAUUUUUCUAAUGACUUCACUCUAUGUUAUUUUCUUGGGUUGCGUAAAGCAAGGAAUUGUAUUUGUAUUAAGAGGCUAAGAAAGCUGUUAGUUUAUUAUAUUUGUACGUGAUUACAGACAAGUCUAUGCCCAUUUAAAAGAAAAGAUGGAUACUAUUUAAGGCUAUUUAAUAUGCUUUUCUAUAAACAAGUUUGAAAUAUAGUUUCCCUUAGCUGUCUUUACUUAUCAGUAGCAUGGCUUGUAUUUAUUUAUCAUUUGUGUGAACCUUGACCAUGACUGAUGACUCUUUGCUCUGUAUUUUGGAUGGCCUAACCUGCAGUAAUAUGUGCACAUUUUACAACUUUUAUUUCAGAAAUCAUAAUUACUUUGUUAAUAAACAGGCUUUAAAGAUA